AUGGUUUCUUUUCGUACGAUUUUGAAGUCGAUGUACUGUAUGGAGCAAGCUGAAGGUGUCGGAGCUAAAGUGAGGCGCUCUAUCGGCAGCAUGGGCAUGAGAAAUUUCUCACCAUUUCUUAUGCUGGACCAUUUCAAUGUGAGUCCGGACGCUGGAUUCCCUGAUCAUCCUCAUCGUGGUCAGGAAACUAUUACUCUUGUCAUGAAAGGCCAGUUUCUACACGAAGAUUUUACAGGAUCUUCAGGUGUUCUCAAUCCGGGCGAUCUUCAAUUUAUGACAGCCGGUAAGGGUAUCUGCCAUUCUGAAAUGCCCUACUCUCCAGAUGGUUCGAAUGUGGAAGGGAUGCAAUUAUGGGUCGAUCUUCCUGAGAACUUGAAACACACCGAGCCCCGUUAUCGCGAUUUGCGGGACGCAGAAAUUCCAGUGGCGGAGCCAAACGACAAGGUGAGGGUCAAGGUGAUUAGCGGCAAGUCGUAUGGUGUUGAAUCCGUGAAAGAUCUGGCAUACACCCCUGUUGAGUACUACAAUUAUACGGUCAAACCUGGUGGACAGUUUGUGCAGGAGUUGCCUACCGAUUUCAACGCUUUCCUGUACAUCUUGAAAGGAUCUCUUUCAAUCAGUGGAACCACCAUUCCUAAAUACCAUGCUGUGUUUUUCAAUAGGGAUGGAGAAGCAAUUGGCGGAUCUGUUCCAGAAGAUAGCGAAGAAACAAACUUUGUUAUUAUUGGUGGUCAGGUGCUAAAUCAAAAAGUCGUCCAACACGGUCCUUUCGUUGAGACUUCCAAAGAGCGCAUCUAUGAAGCCUUCAUGGAUUACCAGUACGGGCGCAAUGGAUUUGAGCGUGCUCGGGGCUGGUCCAGCAAAAUUGGUCACGGAGUGGAUGAAAAACUUUACCGUGUUUUAACUGGUGAAAAGGAUAAAAAGGACAGCAACGUGAAGGUGGAUCUGUAA